AUGUCUGAAAAGGUGAAAAUUGAAGCCAAGCCGGUGGAGAUCCGGGCAGGCUCCUCAGCACCAUCUCCAGCGGGCUCGGCGGGGUCUCCUCCAGCACCACGGAUGAAAAUCGCCCCGAAACUCGAACUCAAGCCCUCGGCCAGAGGCGGUCUGUUGGACGGACCGGUACAGCAGAUUGUCACGUCCAAGGAGUGGGUACUUCCUCCUCGGCCCAAGCCUGGGAGAAAACCCAGCAGCGAUACACCUCCUUCCAAGCGAAAAGCGCAAAACCGAGCUGCUCAGCGAGCUUUCCGAGAACGACGAGCCCAGCGAGUCAGUGAGCUCGAAGACAAGCUCCAGGAGGUGGAGUCGGAACGAGACGCCCAGGAGAAUGUUCUCAAGGACGCUCUAAAGGAUGUUUCCUCGGAGAAUCAGCUUCUACGAGAGUCUUUGGAGGCUCUCAGACGAGAAGUUAUGUCUAUCAAAGAACAGAGAACCCCUACAGGUUCCACUCCGGGACAGUCUCCAGGAGUCCCCCCUACUCAGCAGGCUCCCCCUCCUCCUCAUCAGGCUCAGGGACCUCCUAUGAGUGCAGGCUUGCCACCCCCUACCGGAAGAGGUCCUCCUCCUUCUCAGCAGUCCUACUACCCCAGCUACUCACCUUAUCACAUGCCCAACUACUCACCCCAUCAGGUGACGUCGCCAAUGGCCACCAUGGAGCCCACUUCACCUUUCCCGGGAACACAUCAUCGAAACUCGUUUGGGUCCUUUUCCUUCCAGAGCUAUGGUCCCUACUCGCCUCGAUACGAGUACUCCAACCCGGCCUCUCCCAGUGAACACACGACUGUGGCAACUUCAGUGGGCGACCCAUCCAUUGAGACCCUCGACCGAGUGCUCGAGACCAAGAUGAGCACCUCCAAGGCUGAGCCUCGUGUUCAGGAGACGUCCAACACUGGUGUUGCUGCUGCUGCCCCGACUUCAACAUCAGUUUCAGUCGCCUCUCUAACCAACGAGACCACAAAGAAGUGCACGCCAGCUACAUCUGGUCCUUCUACCUCUGGAGGUCACGAAGUCGACCCCGACUGUAUUAUCUGCACCAAGGAAGAAUGUGCCUGUGCUGCUAUUGGUCAGCAGAAGGCUGUCAUGGGCCAUUCUAACGAUGACGAGCUUGACUUCACCACUUUCAAGCCCCAGGCUGCUGUCCCGCUCAAGCGAAAGUCGCUCGAAAUGGAGAUGGACUUUACUGCCGCCUUCAAGACUCGCAACCCGUUUAAGAAGCGGAAGGACUCGUGCGGGUUUUGCACCGACGGAACUCCGUGUUUGUGUGAGGACGCGGCCGCUGAGUCUGUCGCAGAGUCCAAGAAAUCGCUCAAGUUGCCCCCUUUAGGCAUGCCCCUAUCUCCGGCCGCAUCAGCCGCGUCCCCUGAUGCCUUUUCAUCUGGAAUAGGGUCGCCCUGGGACCAAGAGGGAGAACGCGAGCGAGCUGAUCGGUCUGAGAAGCAUAGUAAGCGAUCGGAAACAAAAGUGAGCGACAACCCGGGCUGCACAGGCAACCCUGGAACGUGUAUGCAGUGCCAGAGCGAUCCCAUGUCAACUCUCUUCUGUACCACAGUGGCCUCUCGAAAGCAGUCAGCUACUCGAUCCACAUUGCCUGAGAUUGAGCGAGAGCGUGUAGAUACCCCUCCCCCUAAACAACUGGCUCCCAUCAAGACUCUGUCUCCUGCCGUCUCUAUCAGCAGCAGUGGUUACAGCCCCUCCACCCAGGUUGGCGGCACCUACAUCCCUUGUUCGGCAGCUUACCAGACGCUUUCACGCCACAAGGAUUUUAACCGGGUCGAUCUCGGGACCCUGAUUGGAAAGCUCAACACCCGAGGCACCCAGGUGGAGGUCUCUUCUGUCGCUAACGUGCUGCGUGAACUCGACCGCAAGUUUUAUGAGUAA